AUGCGCCCGUUAGUUAGGCGUUGGCGUUCUAUGGGACACAACAGUUUCAUUUAUUUGGACGAUGGUUUCGGGAGUCGACCAGACAAAUGUUCUGCCGUGGCAGCUAGCUUAAUUCAACGUAAAGAGCUCUCUUCAUCUGGUCUUCUUUGUAACGAGGAAAAGUCUCACUGGGAUCCAGUUCAAAUUGGCGAAUGGCUAGGCUUCGUUAUUGAUACUAUUUUAAUGUGUUUCCGGAUUCCCGAGAAGAAAGUUCUCAAGCUUAAAGGCUUGCUAGAUUCUGCGAUUCAGGAUGGAUUCUCUUCAUUUCGCGAGUUAGCGAGAAUAGCAGGCACUAUCAUUUCAGCUGCGUUAGCUGUUGGUCCAAUUUCUCGUCUUUUGACCAGACAAAUGUACUUCGCCAUUGAAACCAGAUCGGCUUGGGAUGACAUAAUUCAUUUUCCUCCGAGCCUUUUACAAGAACUGAAGUUUUGGUAUUGCAACAUCGACUGCUUAAACGGCUAUUCUAUUAGGCCACCGUUAGCUACGCAUAUUGUUGUAUUUUCCGAUGCUAGCGACGUAGCGUUCGGAGGAUUUUCGGCUACUUUAGACGGCUCCGUCGUUAGCGGCAUGUGGGAGUGCGAGGAUAUCGGCCAAAGCUCUACGUUUCGCGAGCUGAAAGCAAUUUUUUACGUGUUGCUUUCUUACGUGGCUCAACUGAAACACAAGAGAGUUAAAAUCUUCACUGAUAAUCAGGCCGCCGCCAGAAUAGUUGCUAUCGGAAGCUCCAAAUCUCACCUCCAGGCCCUGGCUAUGGAUAUUUUCCAUCUUUGUCUUGCCAACAGCAUCGUUCUCGAAGCCCAGUGGAUCCCUAGGUCUCUUAAUGAAAGAGCAGAUCUUCUUAGCAGAUUUAUUGAUAAAGACGACUGGUCCAUCAAUCCCUCGGUAUUUCGACUUGUCGACGCUAAAUGGGGCCCUCACACAAUUGAUCGCUUUUCGUCCUAUUACAAUGCCAAGCUUCCGAGGUUCAACUCUAAAUUUGCUUCCCCAGGUUGCAGCGGUGUGGACGCCUUGGCUCAGGAUUGGCGACAUGAGAAUAACUGGGUUUGCCCUCCGGUGGGUGCCAUUGUGCCUUCAGUUAGGGCUCUCUCGUCCUGCUCCGGUUACGGCACUUUGAUCGUUCCACAAUGGCCUUCGGCCUAUUUUUGGCCUUUUUUGCACGACAACGCCUCCCAGUUCAAGUCUUUUGUUAAAGAAGUGUUUGAGCUUCCUUGUAUUGAAGACCUCUUGCUGGAGGGUCCAGGACAGAAGCAGAUUUACAAAGCGCAUCCGUCGGUGUUCAGCGGCUGCCCGAAAUUUAAAAUGUUAGCUUUGCGGAUAGAUUUUAGGUGAGCUUUCCCAUUUUUGUCUCCCCUUACAGCUCAUUUUUGUCGGUGUUUUUUAGGUUUAUCUUUGGCAGUGUAUUUUUGCCUGAUUUGGCAGCUUUGUUUUGCCUGUUUUGGCGGUGUAUUUUUUUGCCUGGUUUGGCAGCGUCUUCUUGGCUCUGAGUUCGAUGUCCGCUUCACCACGCAGUUUGCCUGUUUUGGCGCCGUCAGUUGGCCUCAUUUUACGUUUUAUUUUAUUGGUCUACAUUUGUUUUAUUGAAUGUUUGCUAUUUUGUUGUAUUUUUUACUGUUUUUUACAGCAUUACCGGGCCCAGCCAGUUCGGCUUCCGUUUGUCUUUGUUUCUCAUUACAUGUCGUUUUUACGCUGUAGUGCUGUCCGUGCUGCAUGAUUAUGAUGCAGCAUCAUAUUUUCUACUGUAUUAUAAUUUUAAAUGUUUUGCCUUUUCCUGCCUACUUUUAUAUUAUUAUUUUUUUUAGCUGUUCUCCAAUCCGGGAUUUGGAGUGAAGCGAAUUCUUUGGCCGAUCCAUCCUUGCGCAAGCUUGUUCCAGACCUUCUCCAUUUACAGUUUGAGUCCAAGGUUCCCUCUACCGUGA